UACCCUCGUACCCCUAUUGGAAUUUUUGAUCUCUUUGUCCUUAUGUUAUUCCCCUCGCACAGCCUCGGGACCCAACCCACCUAGUAGUAUAGUCGUGUAAAAAAAGUGUGUAGUUCAUGGAGAAAAAUUGCCCCAGUCCGCGUUAUAUUCGCCAAUUUUGAUUCAUUGUUGCGCUAGCACUCGCUCCUCAAGCCUAGGUCUAACUCUAACGUCUCGAAUUGGAAUAAUAAAUGGUCACAAAGUUGAUACGCAAAUUAAUAUUCGCCGGGUCUUUAGAAGUGAGUCGCAGCUGCUACGUGAAUCUACAGUACGAAGAGUUUUUCAAUCUUUUCACAGAAUGGUAAUCAGAGCAACUUCUUCUACGCAGUGAUCUGCGAUAGUAUUACGACCGACAAGAAGUGCGCUGGUCACAGGAUCUAGUUUUUCCGUAUUGGAAAUCUACCACCGUAACCGCAGCUCCCCGCAGGACCGAUGUAAAUCGAAGCGCCGCUUGAAGUCUAAUAAAUCGAAGCGGAAAGCGAAAGUGGAGGCUGACCUGUAAUUUAUUGAGACAACUGACGCGAAGACAAGAAAGACAGAAUAAAGAGUUCUAGCACUUACAAUACGCAAGAGCUACUGCCAGGCCGAUAAACCGCUGUACACAACGGCGUAACUUUUGAAAACUCUGAUUUGUCACCCUGACCCAAUAAGUCAUUCCCCGUGCUGCUUCCGACAGCCUCUUUCACUACCUCAAUCCACCACCACCCGAUGCUGACCGGAGGGGGCAUGCCCAGCCGAUCCAGUAUGCUGUUCUGGCUUUGCUGAAGUUUCCCUUGAGGAUCUGGCACAUGAUGUCGACGAGUUGUACUUCUACCAUAUCUUCAACAUUUUCCAACACCUAGCCACCAAGUUGCCAUGGAGGAAAGGUAGCAGGGUUACGUUACUGGAAGAGCGGAAGUGGAAAGUAUUACGGAACACUAAGAACCGUGACGGUUCUCCCUGGUCGUGGGUGGUACCGUCAGGACAAGAACUGGCGUUCGCAAGAUCGUCUCCGUCGCUUUCGUAGCCUGAUCCGCUACAGCACAAAUAAAAACUCCUUCCGUGGCCGCGAGGAUGUUAUUUGCCGGACCAGCGCGGUCCCUCUGGACGGGAACUUCGAGUUCCUCCACCUGCACCUCCUGGCGGACAAAAUCGAGGCCGCGCACAGGCUCGGGAACGAGCUGCUCUCCAACAUUUUCAUCUUUUUCCACCUCGACUAGAGGUGGUUCCACCGGCGGACCGAGGAAAACGACCUGGGCGGGUCAACAGGGCGGGAGUGGAGCCUCUAGCGAGCAUCAGCAACACUCAGCAUCUUCAUCCACUUCGCGGCCCUUUGGUGGAGCGGCUAAUUAUAGAGGGUGGAAGAGGAUAAAUCAUACGAUAAGAAACUUCUCAUCUACAACAUCUGCUGUCGUCCAUCCGUAUUACUACGCUCGGGCGCUGACGUCACAAGACCUGAAGAAGUUCAAAAAUGUAAAUGACGACCGACAUCCAGGAACAAUAAAACCACCUCCUCCGAUAAUCUUUUUGAAAAGAAGGGGCUUUUCCACCUCCGCAGCGACGACACCAGAUGGCGGAACAACGGCCCCAGGAACAGCGACGACGACCGCUACAACCUCUUCCACAGAGGGCGAUACUAUUUCUAAUUCAGAACCAUCAAAACCGAAAGCCCUCAGUUCUGACCCCGGGUUUUUCGUAAAACCCCCGACUCGGAACCAACUCCGGCGCGUCUUCAUUGCAUCCGCGAUCCCCUUCAUCGGUUUUGGUUUCCUGGACAACUUUCUGAUGAUCCUGAUGGGCGACGCGAUCGACGCGAGCCUGUGCGUCAAAUUCGGCUUUUCCACCAUGGCGGCAGCGGCCCUCGGGAACACGUUUUCGGACGUUUGUGGCGUCUUUUCCGGGGGCGUGAUUGAGGAUUACGCGCAAAAGCGGGGGAUCGAGAUGCCGGCGUUGGACAGUGAGCAACUGAAACUAACGUCCGUGAAAACGUACCAGUACGGCGGUUUUCCCCAAAGACAAUUUUUUUUUUUCGAUCCAAUUGUAAGCAGGGCGGGCCCUUCGCAACCGACUUGCGCCGCGAAUGGCCAGACCGAGGCGGAGGCGCGCGCCCCCCCGGGUGUGUUGCUUUAUGGAAUCCAAGAGAUUGCGUAGCUAGUGGCGCCAACGAACUGCUUUGGUAGCUCCUCGAGAAGUAUGCGCGCAAUUUAAGAAAGGCCUCUGCGGCUCGGAGUCCAGACGCAGCCGGCCGCCCCUCCUUCAGGGCAGAGCAGCUUGCUGAUGUUCUCCAUGACCGACCCCAGUGUGCCUCUCUUUCUAUCCUACAGGCUGAAAAGCGCAACGCCCCGCCCGGCUUUUUGGGGCGCAAGCAGCUCGAGCCCCGCGGGGCAGCGCCCGGGGCAAGGCGCCCGUGCCAGACCCGCCCCCCGGCCACCUAAGGCUCCCACGCGAUGCCCCUUGCCGUGGACCUGUGUUCUCCACUUGAGGCUGGCCGGCACCGUUUCCCUGAGUGCAUGCUCGGACACGUUGGCGAGAAAAAAAACGUAUGCUGGGGAUUUCGGCCCUAAGCGGCUAUCUACGCACUUGCGGCCACCAAAACGGGCACCAGAAACGUCCCGAAAGUGGACGCAUGCACGACCUCCAGGGAAGCGGCGAGGCCGGGGCCUCAAAAGUUGGGCGCGGCCUUCAAAGUCCGGCGGCCAUGUGGGCCCGGGCAAGGGGCCAGCGCCGACGCCCACAAAUCAACACUCGGCACGGCAGGCGGGGCGUUGGAUCGCUAACAGAAUAACAGCGCCCCGUCCGAGGUAGCAACGCAGAGCACGCUUUUCCAGCAAAAUGCCCGCAGCCAAGCAAGCGCGAGCAGUGCGGCGGGGCCGCGUUGCAGUAGUCUACACGCGGAUCGGGCCGAAAUAGAUACACACAUCCACAAAGCCUGCUGCCCCAUCAGCUCAAGCGCUGACUUUUGAGCGCCGCCAUCUCGCUUGCUCCUUUGCAUAUGUAACAGCAUCAGAGAUUAUCCUUGAAGAAGAUCCACUAGCGGACACUAUCCGGUCGGGCUGCGCAGGCGCAGCCGGCGGCCGUGUUGUUGCAUCAGUUCAAAAAAAUUUUUUUGAUUUGGGGAAAACCGGGGUAGUGGGGACAGUUUUUCCUAACGUAGAAACUAACGUCCGUGAAAACGUACCAGUACGGCGGCCAGGCCUGGUAUGGAAGCGUCAGGUUUGAAAUCGUCAAAGUUGAAAUAAUUUGUAAUGCAUAAAAUGCAUGACCCGAGGCACGUAUGUUGCAGAGCAGGGAAGUGAGGCCGAUUCUAAGCCUGUUUGGGGUUACAGCUCGAGCUGCUAAAGUAGCAUGAGAAAAUCGCUCUUCUUUGCCUAAAAAGCAUGACAAACUGGAUUUUGGGACCAACGAAAUUUGUCUUGCGCCACUUGGAAACUGGGUUGUCUAACUGGUGUCCGUUUUAUGCAUGACAAAUUAUUUCAACUUUGUCGAUUUCAACUCUGACACAUCCAUACCUGUGGGAUCGUUGUCGGUUGCAUCCUCGGGAUGUGCCCCCUGCUCUGGAUGGACCCGGACGCGACGGAGAAGUUGAAAAAGGAGAAAACCAAAAUCGACGUGUUGAACCGGGUUGUCACGGACGUGAACGAUUUACUGAACGCAGAAUAUCAUAUGUAAAAGCGUCCCCACGACCCCAGAGGCAAAUUGGGAGCUUAGCAACAGAAAUUCAGAAGUUUUGGGAGCCACGCAUGACAAGUUGCAGCCCGUAGUGCAGUGCAUGUUAGCAAGUGCAACCGAAUCACAAACCCAUCGAUCUUCUUAUCCUGUUUACCGCAUUACAAAUUCCAAACCACGGCGACUGGAAAUAAUGCCUCUCAUGGAGAUGCGCAUUACAUAUCUUCGUGUAAUCGCAAAUCUGCAUGACAGCUAUGUUGGGGUCGUGGGGAUGUUUUUACAUAGGAUACAGAAGCGACGUUCAUCAUGAUGAUCGACCGCGAGCGCGAGGAGCUGUACACCGUCGCGACGGAGAACAUCCCGGAAUUCAUAUCCUGACUAAAAACGUCCCCACCCCAGAGUCAAGAUGGCGAUUUUGCAACACAAACCUAGGAGUUAUGGGAGUCACGCAUGACAAGUUACAGUCCGUAAGGUAGUGCAAGUUAGCAAGGAGAGCCGCGUCACAAGUCGAUCUGCUGAUCCUCUUUACAGCAUUACAAGUUCCCAAACACGAGUGACAAUGCCUGUCAUGGGGUUGUGCGUCACAAAUGCUGCUGUCAUGGCAAAUCUGCAUUACAACUCUGGGGUGGGGAUGUUUUUACUCAGGACAAAUCCGCGCGAAACUGAACGAGGGCGUGAUGGGCCACUGUGCGACGACGAAGAAGUUCAUCAACAUUCCGGACCUGAAGCAGUCCGAGUUCUUCGACCCGAAAAGGCACACGAACUACCGGAAUACGGGGAGAGAUAUCAAAUCCGUGUUGUGCAUGCCGGUGCUGAAUCUAGCCGAAGUGGAGGGCGUCGACGGGGAGCAGUCCUCGGUCAUCGCAGUGGUCGAAGCCGUGAACAAGAAAGCAGACACGGGGUUCACGCACAAAGACGAGGAAGUGAUUGCCGCGAUCUGCUCCCAUAUAGCGACCGCGCUCGCGGACGACGAACAUCGAAAGUUCAAAAACGUCAUCGACAUGUGUCGGGCACAGAUUGUGCUACGGGAGCAAUACACGACGAUGAACCCGUACUGUUUUUUUUUUUUAUUUGCUUUAUCGGUUUUGUUUGUGGUGUAAAGAAACUCAAACUACGAAUAACAAGAAGUGAUGCAGCUGCGAUGGUUUGCAUUUAUUUCAGAUGCAAAAAUAAAACCUGAGAUAAAAAAAAAACAGCAUUGCAUGUCGUAACUGCCACUUGCUCGUCCUGCAAGAACCUGCAAUACGUAGCAGUAUUAGCAGUAAAGCAACUCUGUUCAUCUAAGAUAUCAUUUUAACACAGUGUCAUCGAGCAGAGGCAGAUGAAGCUGUUCGAAACGCUCAUGGAAGAAACCAGCGCGAUUUUAAAGGCCGAGGCGUCCCAUUUGCUCCUGAUCGACCCUGUGAGACAGAAACUGCGAACGAAGGUCGGACACGUCUUGCCGCUCAGGGAGUUCGCGCUUGAUGAGGACAUCAUGGGAAAAGUGUGCCGGAGAGGUAAAGAAGUAUGUUGACACAAGCUGCGCAGUGGUUUCAAGAUUGUUGCAUUUGCAGCUACUUCUUUAUGGCGCCGUAUACUAUCUCAACGUCGAACUAUCUCAAAUUUUUUUACCUCAACUCUAUAUAGCUACCUAAAGUAGGUAGUUUAUGUAGAUAGUGAAUUAUAUGCAAGUAGAUAACUGUUUUGCAUGACAAAUGAGCUAUAUUAGAAGAAAUCGUCUGGUCCCGCUCCGCCGCCCUGUCAAUUUCCGGAACCCCUUUCGACCCCGUCUGUGAGGGGCCCCCCCGGAAGGGGGGUCGGCGAGGGGGGUAGCUGAGGGGGGCAAUAAUAAGCUUCCGCCGAUGCUAGGGCGCACUGAAAAAAUGCAGCUUUUUGAGCACCUUUCAGGGGUUCGCGGAGGGGGUGUCCGGAAGGGGUCAUGAGGGAAGCAACAGGACUAGAAAAAAUCGGCGGAGCAGGACCGGACGAUUUUCAUUGAUCUAACUUAAUCUGUCACGCCAAAAAUCUAGCUACAUAAGCAUCAUGUGUUAGCUGAAUAAACUAGCUACUUGAACUACCUAUUUAAUAUUGGGUUGAAAAAUUUUGAGAUAGUUGAGCGUUGAGAUAGUAUACGGCGCCAUAUUCUUGGUAUCGACGACGAUCAUAAGUCGCAGACUGCUCCGCUGGAACCAUCGCUCAUUUUUUUAUGAAGAUAUCACUUGCACUUCUGAAAUUGCUAUAGAAUAGAAUUUUCUUUCCGCAAAUGGAAUACAUUUACACAUCCUCAGGUCAACUGGUGAACUCGACGGAUUUCCAGCGUUCCAAGUACUACAAGCCCGAGAAGCACGACAACUACCUGGGCACGGGGCUGGAAGUGCGGACAAGAUUGUGCGUCCCGGUUAUCUAUGCACUGCAAAAGUAUCGUAUUAGUAUUAAUUGCAAUACAAAUUCGCUCAGCAUGACAAAUUCUGACUAAUGGAACUUGUCAUGCUGAUUUGCUUUGGCAACGAGAUUUGUAAUGCAUAAAUGCAAUUACUACGAGUACGAUACUUUUGCCGAGGAUGUUAUCAACACGGAAAGGCACGUGAUCGGGUGUUUGGAAGUGAUCUAUCGCAAGAAAAAAAUGUUUCAAUGUGAACUUGUGAUGCAGAAAAUGAAGCACCAGAGUUGUUCUCUUGCUACACCUGCAAGACAUUGGAUUUCUAAGCGUGUUGUCUGUUGGGAAACGCGCAUGGCAAAUAAUUCUGAAACUUGUGAUGCAGAUCUUGCAAAAUCAUCACAGGGAAACAGUUUUUUCGUGGGAUAUGAUCAACAAAAAGUCCAAUGAGGUUUUCAACAUGCACGACAUCGAGCAUUUGUUGAACAUCGCCGGCCACGUCGCGCUCACACUGGAGGGUCACGGGUCUUCCAUCAAGAAGGUUUUGGCGUUGGCGCAGGACCAACGGCAGUUGAUGCAGGACAGCAAGGACUUCAAGCGCACCGCGACCAGGCAGCUGUCCGGGCCGUUGAUGUUACAGGUGGAGCCGAGUGAGGAAGACGCGAAUCUGGACCACGAUGAUUCUUGGGACGAUGAGAUGGUCGCGGCGAGCGAGCACGUGGUGGACUUGAUGGCCGGGCAAGAUUUGAUCAACAAGGGGGACGCGACCGCGCACAAAAUGUCUUUAGGCGGUCACGCGAAGAACGAGGCGCACCUGAAGCAGAAACUGCGGAAACUGCAGAAAGAGUCGGACCUCGUGGUGCACUUGGACCGGGCCGCGGACCUGCCCAAUAUGGCGUUCUCAACUGUUACACUCUCAACUGUUACAUGAAAUUUGUCAUGCAAGAACAGCAGCAACCGAAGAGGCAAGAUUGCUGCUUUCGCAUCACAGAUUUGGCAGAGAUGUGCGUCCUGUUUAGCCCUUCGGAGAUUUGUCAUGCGUGGCCGCUUGAUCAUCUGGAGGCUUAAGGUAGUUUUGCAUGGCAAAUCCGUGUAACAGUUGAUAAUGUAACAGUUGAGAACGCCAUACCAAAAGCGGAUCUGUUCGGUACCAUCGAUCCCUACAUCACUGUAUCACAAGAAGAAGUGUUAACGUUAACGGUUUUCACAGAUUGCAGUCAUGCAUCACAAAUGUAGUUAAAUAUGCAUCACAAAUGUAGUUAAAUAUGCAUGCUAUGCAUGACAAAUUUAGGCACGUUUUGCUUUUGUGAUGCAUUUCUGCAUUACAAAUUCCGUUAACGUUAACACUUUUUCCUGUGAUACACUGUCAGCAUCGUGGAGGGAGAUCCGAAAGCACCAAAUUACGACGGGCCAACGAAGGGGCGAGGUAAAAUUUUUGAUAGCCUUUAUGUUUGUUUCGUAAAAUCGAGCGCAGCAGUGAGAGUCGUUACAACAGUGUGCUUCGAAGUAUUUAUGGUUUUAACCAUUUUUUGAGUUGUUUCUCCUCGCAACACAGCAGGUGAGAUGAAUUAUCUGAAUCAGUAAUCUGCAAAACUGCUUGAUAAAAAGAUACAUACAUGAAACGUCGAACUGCAGGUCACGCGUCGCCGCUCGGGCACGGAAAGUCGGUUCCGAUUAGGCAGAACCAGAACCCGGUGUGGAACGAGAAAAUCAACAUCGCUUUACCGGAGGAGCUCGUGAACGAUUACGAAAACCUCUACCUGCACAUCAAAUAUCCACUGCAAAAGUAUCGCACUCGUAUGAAUUGCAGAUAUGCAUAGCAAAUCUGGUUUCCUACCCAAAUCUGCAUUACAAAUUCCAAGUUUCUUCCUGAUAAAAUUUGUCAUGCGAUUUAUACUAGUACGAUACUUUUGCAAUGCAUAUCAAGCUGUGGGACUGGGACUUCAUGAAAUCAGACGACAUGAUAUCACAAGAAAAAGUGUUAUACGUUAACGGUUUUCACAGAUCGCAGUCAUGCAUCACAAACGUAGCCCAAUAUGCAUGCUACGCAUGACAAAUUUUUACACGUUUUGUGAUUCAUUUUUGCAUCACAAAUUCCAUUAACGUUAACACUCUUUCCUGUGAUACAUGAUCGGGGAGGUGGUUUAUCCGUUAAAACGCGUUCUGCAGGAGGACACGAUGCAGAUGACGUCGUUUCCCUUGACCGAGAUAAAAAACAACCCGGACGAGUAUGACUUGAAAAAAUCCCGCAUCUGGCUGAAGUUCUCAAUCGCGAAGAAAAAGCAGUGAGUGUGCUUGUCUUUGUGUGAUUGUUUUCACGGUAGAAGUGCUCCUUCAAUUACGUCGACGGCGCAUCUUCACAGAAGUAUUUCCACGUUUCCUUCAGCGUUGACAGCUCGCGGCGGAUGGGCUGCUGCCGCGUUUCCUUCCAGCGGUCCGAAGCCUUUUUUUACACGCAUGAUGAAGAUGAUUUUCUUUUUUUUUACUUUUGCGACUUUCUCUCAAAAACAAACUUCGAUUUGGUAACAACAAGAUGAAAAACAAGUGAAAACAAAAGAACUCGGACAAAAUGACUUCUGAUUUUAUUUUUCGAAUACAACCCAUCAACGCUUACGCUACUAACUCAAUAUCGAUAUCUCCAUAAUUACACUACAAUGACAAUAAAAAGAGCAAAGAAAAAAGAAAGAAGAAGCAGAGAUGUAAAACCAAAACGAAUUUAUGUCAAUAGCAAAUCCAAAAAGGGUUUGUUUUGGUCGCGCGCGGAUCUAGCGUAGCGAUUACGCGGCUGUGGCAGGAUCUGGCGACGCAACCUUUCUUGUACUAAAGCAAAGAGAUGAAGAAAGUUCUUCCGCUAAAUAUUGCGGCAUCGAAUAUCGAUUCGCGGAGCAGAUGUGAAAGAGUAAGGGAAGGAUAUGGAUACAGUAAAAAACGCAGUAUCCACUCAAACUCUCCGUAGAGUCAAUAAGUCGUGUGUUUUAUUGUGUGACAAUUCUGACAUAAUAAUACCCUACGUCAUGAAAAGCAAGUGUGAAGGCAGAUAAGCAUGACGCGACAUUACCCGGCAUUCCUUUUGGAUUCCCGUCUCAAGAACGCAGCGCCUGGAUACAAAGGCGUCGUCUUGUGGUGACAGGCGGCUCCAAUCUCUUUUACUAAGGAACAAGAAAAAAUCUUCUGGCUUGAAAUUGUAUAUCUAAGUUAGCUUCUGAUUGAGCGAUAAGUAUCUACAACAUUUUUAUCUAACUAUCACAUAGUCCUUGCCUUUUAUGCCCGAGGAUCUUUGUACCGUUUCCGUUUGACGCAUAACUCUUGAGCUUUGUUCUAAGACAGCUUUCAAUCGAAAAUACUGUAGUCGCUUAUUGUCCUUCACCUUCUACAUCUACAACUACUACAGCGCCCGUAGUACUACACAAAAAGUUUGGAAGAAAUCAUGGAACAGAAAAGGACGAAAAGCACAAGGAUAAGGAAAUGUCUCCAAUAAGGAAAAGGAUGAGACCACGGAUAGACUUUGACAGACUCAAUUUUAUGAACAGCGGCGUUUAU